AAAAGCGCGACGCUGUCAGGUCGAGCUACACUCUUUUUGCACAUGCAUAUGCGACCUCUAAAACUAUAAACCAACACAUUUUGCUUUGGGUUUAUGUAUGCUGAACAGAUGACAAUGCUUCUUUUGAGGAGAGCUGCGCAGUCGGCGGUGCGGACAAACCUCCGCAGGUCAUUUUGUGCCUCACGGACUCACCUGAACGAGAGAAAAGGUCUGGUGCUGGGAGUGUUUGAAAAAGAUGGAGAAGGGGGAAGUCUACAACUGACAGAGGCAGCAGCUGGUUUUGACCAAAGUCUCUCUGGGAAACUUUCUGAACUGCUUGAAAUCUCUGGACCGACUCUCAAAAAAGGCAAAAGCAGAGUAUUUUAUGGAAUUCACAAGGACUUUCCCUGUGUGGCAGUCGUCGGGCUAGGCAAGAACAAUGCAGGUGUGUGUGGGGCAGAGAACUGGGAUACGAGCAAGGAGAAUAUCAGACAUGCAGUUUCAGCUGGAUGCCGGGUACUUCAGGACCUGGAGGUGAACCAUGUGGAGGUAGAUGCCUGCGGUGAUGCCCAGUCUGCAGCAGAAGGAGCUGCUCUGGGUUUGUUUCAGUAUGACCAACUCAAAUCAAAGAAGACGACCAAAGUGACCACGCAGCUUCAUGGAAGUGCGGACUCGGCAAGUUGGGGGAAAGGAGUCAUAUAUGCAGAAGGACAGAACCUAGCAAGGCUGCUCAUGGAGGCUCCAGCCAAUCACAUCACUCCUACUGCCUUUGCCAACAUCAUCGAAGAGAAACUUGCUCCACAUGCUGAACGAGUAACAAUUAAUAAAAGAUCACAGAGUUGGAUACAGGAGCAACAGAUGGGAGCUUUUCUCAGCGUGUCUAAAGGCUCAGAGGAGCCCCCUGUCUUUCUGGAGCUGCAUUACAACGGUUCUCCUGACAGCAAGCAGGCCCCACUGCUCUUAGUAGGAAAGGGCAUCACCUUUGACAGUGGUGGUAUUUCUCUGAAGCCGUCUGCUUCUAUGGAUGCAAUGAGAGCUGAUAUGGGCGGAGCUGCCACUGUGUGUGCGUCUAUCGUCACAGCAGCAGCUCUCAAAUUGCCGGUCAACAUUAUUGGUCUGGCUCCGUUGUGUGAGAACAUGCCAAGUGGAAACGCUACUAAACCAGGGGAUGUUAUCAGAGCCAAAAAUGGAAAAACAAUCCAGGUUGAUAAUACAGACGCGGAGGGCAGACUCGUUCUCGCUGAUGCACUGUGUUACGGACACACCUUCAACCCCAGAGCCAUUGUCAAUGUGGCCACACUCACAGGUGCAAUGGAUGUAGCUCUCGGCUCAGCAGCGACUGGAGUGUUUACAAACUCUGACUGGCUCUGGGAGAAGCUGCAAAAGGCUAGUGUUGUGACAGGUGACAGGGUAUGGAGGAUGCCUCUCUUCCAGCACUACACCAGACAGGUAACUGACUGCCAGCUGGCCGACCUCAACAACAUCGGGAAGUACAGCCGCUCAGGGGGUGCAUGCACAGCAGCUGCUUUCCUGAGAGAGUUUGUCACAGCUCCUCACUGGGCUCAUCUUGACAUUGCUGGUGUGAUGUCUAACAAAGAUGAAGUUCCCUACCUGAGGAAAGGCAUGUCUGGAAGACCGACGCGUACACUGGUGGAGUUUUCCUCCGGACUGGCCCACAGCGGCUGAGAGACUGGCAAAAAAAAAAAUCAAAAACACAUAAAAGACUCUCUGACUGUGAGCUUCUUUUCUGGCAGUGAUCUUUCAAACAUGGUCAAGUUUUGAUAUCAUUGCGCAAUAAAUUAUUGUCAUCAUGGAAGAGUUCUGAAAAUGUUGGAAACGAUUAACAGCUGUGUUCUAAAGACCAGUCUGACAAUUAAUGCACCAGUGAAAUACAACAAAUACAAGUUCAGUUGUUCCCUGUUGUCACUGAGGUUCUGUAGUAACUACAUAAUUUAUAUGUUGUUUGAAUAAACUCUGUAUUGUUAUAAUUAUG